AUGAAGAACAAAAAUUUUAAUCAGCUAUUCCACCCAUCAGCCGACUUUGAGAUCCACAAUUUGCUGUUGGUGGUAGGGGAACAGCAGCAGCAAAAACGUAAGCUUUACAAGCACUGCUGCCAAUUCCUGAAACUUGCCAAGACACCAGUAACCUUUCAGCAGCACAAUACUGAAUGUUGGUCACAGGCACUGAAAUUUAAGAAGUUUUCUUUGCUGGGGUGGAGUGAUGGUGGAAUUACAGCACUCAUCGCAGCUGCAAAAUAUCCAACUCUUAUCCACAAGUUGGUUGUCUGGGGAGCAAAUGCCAGCGUUACUCAAGAGGAUGUGAGAAUUUAUCAUGGCAUCCGAGAUGUUUCAAAAUGGAGUGAAAAGGUCAAGAAACCACUAGAGGAGAUGUAUGGACAUAAGUACUUUGCAAAAACAUGUGAGAAAUGGGUAGAUGGAAUAUCUCGCUUUGCUGAAAAAUCAGAUGGUAAUAUCUGCCAAGAGCUGCUGCCAGAUAUCAAAUGUCCCACAUUUAUAAUUCAUGGUGAGAAAGACCCUUUGGUCCCACAAGCUCACGCAGAAUACAUUCAUAAGCACAUCAAAGGCUCUCAGUUGCUUCUGAUGCCAGAAGGAAAGCAUAAUCUACACCUGCGUUUUGCAGAGGACUUCAACAGACAAGUAGAAGAUUUCCUACAGUGACUAAAACUGUAAAACAAGUUAGAGAUGUUUGUGCUUGCCUUGUUUAGGCAUUUUAGUUGGCUUUCCAUUUUCAUUCAAGUUACAGGUAGGUUUGAAUCCUGUAAGAAAACCCAUGAAAGAUAUUUGCAUGAGAAGUAUACAUUUUGAGAAUACGUAAGCCUCAGUGAAUUAGACCGCACCACUGUGCUGCAAGAUUUCUGACAUGUCUUUAAAUUUACUUCUGGCCACAUGGGCCACAUAGCUGUUCUGUGUCCAAAAGUAGUGUUAAGAAAGACAGAAAACAUGAUCUAGAAUACAUGCCUUUAUGUGCUCUUAACAUUAAAGGACAAAAA